GGAAGACAGCCUCCAUAGCCCAUACACUUUGUUUCUUUCCAUUUGGCAAAGGGACCAACUAUCUGCAAACUUGUGGCAACUGGAAGAUGCCAUGACAACUUUACUCACAGCCCUGCUCUGUGUUGCACUGAGUCAUCUGGGCCUCUGGAUCCCGGCAUUGGCAGGGGUCUUCUCUAAACCUAUACUCCGAGCACUUCCAAGAAAUGUGGUAACCACUGGAGACCAGGUGACAUUCUUCUGUCAAGGGCCCUUAGAGGCCAAGGAAUACCGUCUCUGCAAAGAAGGAAGUCCAGAUUGCUGGGUACCAACAACCCUAUUAGAAACCGAAAACUUAGACCAAUUCUCUAUCUCAUCAGUUGAAUGGUACAAUGCAGGCCAAUACAGGUGUGAAUAUAAAAGCCCCAAUGGUAAAACAGAGCACAGUGACUACCUGGAGUUGGUGGUGACAGGAGUUCACCAAAGCAAUGUGACCCUGUCAGCCCUUCACAGUCCAGUGGUGACUGCAGGAGGAAAUGUGACCAUUCAAUGUGUGUCACAACAUUCGUAUAAUGGGUUCAUUCUGAUGAAGGAAGAUGAGAAGUUCUCCCCGGCUUUGCCCUCACAGUACAUACACCCUGAGCAAUUUCGAGCCCUGUUCACAGUGGGUCCUGUGACCCCCGACCAGAGGUGGAGGUUCACAUGCUAUGGGUAUUCCUUGAGCAUCCCCCAGCUGUGGUCAGUUCCCAGUAACGUCUUAGAGCUUCUGGUCUCAGGAACCCUCCAGAAACCCACCAUCUGGGCUGAGCCAGGCUCUGUGAUCACCUCAGGGAAUCCUGUGACAAUCUGGUGUGAGGGAACCAUGGAAACCCAAAUGUAUAUCCUGUAUAAAGAAGGAAGCCCAGAAUCCUGGCACAGAUUGACUGCACCAUUGCCUGAUCACAGGGCCAAGUUUAUCAUCCCGUCCUUGAGAGCAUAUAAUGCAGGACAAUAUCACUGUUACUGUUAUAACUCUGCUGGGUGGACUGAGAAGAGUGACCCACUGGAGCUGGUGGUGACAGGUGUCCACCAUGGUAAACCUACUCUUUCAGCUUUUCCCAGCCCUGUGGUGACCUCAGGUGGGAAUGUGACCCUUCAGUGUGUCUCAUCCAAAGGAUACAAUGGGUUCAUUUUGACUGGAGAAGAUCUGAAGUUCUCCAGGUCCCAAAAGGCACAGUUAUUACACACUGGACAGUCCCAGGCUCUGUUUCCUCUGAUCUCCAUGACAGUCAGAAAGAGUGGUCCCUUCAGAUGUUAUGGAUACUAUACAAAUACUUCACAUGUGUGGUCAGAGGCCAGUGACCCUUUGGAGAUACAUGUCUCAGCCUCACAGCCCCAGGAUCACACCGUGGAGAACCUCAUCCGGAUGGGCAUGGCUGGCUUGAUCCUCAUAGUUCUUGGGAUUUUGCUGUUUGAGGCUUGCCACAGCCAGAGAAGGACCUUAAGAGCCACAGAUAUCAACACAGACUUUGGCUGCAGUAGGGCCUCAGACCCACACAUAGCCCUUAGCAACAGCCCUGGCCCAGGUGACACCUUGGCCCCAUCAGAAGCAAGUCCCUUUGACACCAACGUGGUCAUAGGAUGUGGCCUAGAUCCUGGGCAUCCUUUCGGCCUUUGGUGGCACCAAGGGCCAUGGACAACACAGACCUCAACUGUGAUAGGACCACAGAACCCAGACAUGGUUCUUAGCAGCAGUCCAGUCUCAGAUGUCACCAUGGCCCUAGGUGGUAGCACAGGCUACUCAGAUCAACAUGGUCCCCGUGGAAGUGUGCCCCUGAGACACCAACAUGGCCCCAUGUGGCAGCCCAGAACCCUAACAUCGGCAUUGCCUUGA